AUUUAAAAGUAUGCUCGCGUAAUUUUUCAUAAGAAAACAAGUUGGUGGUGUUAGAGUGGUUUUGAAUUAAUUAACUUUUACCUACUGUGUCAUUAGUGUGCUCAUGAAAAAUGGCAACAAGAAGGUCUCCGCUUUGGAAUUAUUUUGAGAUAGAUAAAGAAGAAGCUAAAUACGCUAUUUGUUUAAUCUGCAAAUUAAAAGUUUCACGUGGUGGAGAGGGAAAGAAAGCUGGAACCUCGUGCAUGAAAAACCACUUGAAAGCCAAGCAUUCUGAUAAGUUUAGCGAAAUUUAUGGUGGUUCGUCUUCAGAUGUCGGAACUGCUAUUUCUACGAGCUCAACUGCAAGUACAUGUGCCGCGGCCUCUCAACCGUCCUUGCAAAAACAAUUAACUUUAGCUGAAACUGUUGAGCGAAAACAAUAUUGGGGGAUAAAUGAUUCGAAGUCGAAGGAAUUUCACUAUUUGAUAGGCGAAAUGAUCGCGUUGGAUAACGAACCACUAUCCAUUGUUGACCGAGUUGGAUUUAAUAGACUCAUGCAGAAAGCGCUGCCUAGAUAUAAGUUGCCCAGUCGCACUUAUAUGACUGAAAAAAUAAUACCGGACAUAUACGAACGAAUUACCAAAAAAAUUAUGGAAAAUAUUUUAAACGCUGCAGUGGUUUCCAUUACGUCAGAUAUAUGGACUUGUGACCAAAAUAAUGAAAGUUUUUUGAGCUUCACCGCCCAUUGGAUAUCUCCAGAUUUCAAACUGGAACAUGGCGUUUUGGCAAUGAAGCCCUUUUCAGGGUCUCACACCGGAGAAAACAUAGCUAACGAACUUAACAUUAUCGCUGCACGUUGGAAUAUCCCGUUAAAUAAAAUACACGUUAUUGUACAUGAUAGUGGGGCUAACAUGAUAAAAGGAGUUCAAGUGGCUGAAUACGAUUCAGCUCGGUGUUUUAUUCACUCUCUCCAGCGGGUCAUUACCGAAUCACUUAAAACUCAACCUGAUUUAAUAGAGAUGCUGAAUGCCUCAAGACGAAUCGUAACUCAUUUCAAUCAUUCAGGAUUAGCACAAGAAAAACUGAAGGCAAUUCAAACAGAGUUGAAGUUACCAGAACAUCGGUUGGUGCAAGAUAUCAGUACACGUUGGAACUCGACGUACUAUUUACAAGAGCGGCUGCUAGAACAGAAACGCGCUAUUUCUUUGUAUAUAGCCGACCACAAUAAACUUAGCAACUUGACUCCUCAGCAAUGGAGUUUAAUGGAGCAAUGCAUCAUUCUCCUCAAACCGUUCGAGGAAAUAACGAAGAUCACGAGCUCAGGUUUGUCAUGCAUUUCAGAAGUUAUACCUCAUGUGGCGGUUUUGAUGAGGUACAUUCAAAAAGAAGAAACUUCACGCAAAGUCCCUAACUUAUUACAAUUUCUAACGUCCCUGAAAACUCAAUUGCAACAACGCUUCGAACAUCUUGAUGAAAAUCCAAAGUAUUUCCUGGCUACAUUAUUGGACCCCAGGUUCAAGACCAAUUUUUUUGGGGUAAUACAAGCAGAAAAGGCUCGCCAAAGACUCUUAUUGGAGAGUCUAAAACUAUGUUGCAGUGAAGAGGAUUCAGUCAGCAGUGAAGGCGAUUCACCUCCAAUGAAGAAAAGAGCAGGCUAUGGCAUGGGUAUUCAUGAAACAUUUUGGGACUGCUUUAAUGAAGUUGCCAAAGAUCAGACUGAAGACUCUGGUAAAAGUGCUAUAGCCAAUCAACUUGACUUUUACUUAAAGAUGGUUCGUCUUGAUCGACAAAGUAACCCUUACGCAUGGUGGGCAGCAAACGCCAAACAAUUCCCGAUUUUGGUUAAAUUUGCCCAAAUAUAUCUCUCUUCUCCAUCUAGCAGUGUAUACAGUGAGAGACUGUUUUCAGAGGCCGGGCUUAUAUAUGAAAACAAGAGGAAUCGUUUGCUUCCUAAAAAUGCAGAAAAUCUUGUUUUUAUAAAUCACAAUUUACCUUUAGUGGAUUUUCAAUACUAA